UCCAUUUAUUUGUGCUGCUGGAAGGCAACAACCCCGCUUUUCGCGAUUUCCCUUCCUACAUCCCUCAGUUUCUUUCGCAUCAAGGCAAGGCGAGUCAAAAGAUGCCGCUUCAUUACACUGCCCUUGACAGUUCUAAAUCGCAAAUCCGUCUCUUGGCGGUCCACCCCAGUGAGGAUCACGAGUAUCUCGACCAGACUCUGUCUUGGAUACAGACAUAUGUCCAAGGACAAAAGGGACCGCCAUCGCCACUGUGGCUCAAGCUGGAUUCUAGGGUCGAAACAUCGCCGAUUUGUCAAGGUUUGAGAAAUCGGGCCGUUCUUAAAGCAAGGAUCGGCUAUCGCAAUGUCGUCACAAACCCGUAUUGGACGCGGAUCUGGAAAUUCCUAGAGUUUUGGCCACCUUCACGGGACCCAGAGUGUUGUCUAAAUUGACAGUCAUCACGAAGGAUGUGCUCAAAGUACGAAAUUAUCGAACCCUUCUUCACAUCCUGACCUCGACGCAGAAUUAGAAACACCCCGCAAAUGGCCAGUGUCGGAAAGCAGAUAUCACGGCCAAUAUAAUGAUGUCGGAAAUCCCACCGAAGCACCGAUGGUUAGAAGGUUAAGCAGUUUCGAC